CAUUAUAUAUCUUAUUUUUGUUUUUAUAAUUAAUGUUCAAUAUCAUUUGAUAGGUUGUUGCAGUUGGAUGGGGUUCGUUGCGCGAAAAUGGUUCACUACCAUUAUAUCUUCAACAAGUAACCUUACAAACAGUUGACUACCGUGCUUCGACCUGUUCUAAAAGAGUACUGAAUGAUCCACGAAGACGACUUUGUGCUGGUGUUUCAGGUGGUGGAAAAGAUACGUGCCAAGGUGAUUCAGGUGGUCCUCUAAUGAUGUUUACAACGAGUAAUCAAUGGGAAUUAGUUGGUGUGACCAGUACUGGUUAUGGAUGUGCAAAAGCACAAGCUAUGGGAGUUUACACUCGUGUAGCUUAUUAUCAAAGUUGGAUAAACCAAACAACGAGUAAUGCAUAUAUAAAUCCAACAUUAUCAGUUUCAGCAAAGGUUGACCCUUCAAACUCUACAUGGGGCAAUGCAACUUCACUUAGCGAUAAUACAUUCAGUUCUUCUUCAUCCUUCAUGUUUUUUUCACUUCUUUUCACUUUAUUUUUUCUCAUGUAUUUAUAA